AUGGAUGCCCAUGCAAUUCUGCGGCUAAUUACAGUAGGCGAGAUCCUUUUCCAUAUCCCGACCAUUUCGCUGACUAUUUACCUUGUAAUUUUGUGUAAUCGGCUAUCAACGUUCAGCGCCAAUUUUAAGUUAAUAAUUGUAAGGACAUACACAGGUGAGAUAGCAAAAGUUUUCAGACAGUUGUCGUCCUUUCACAAAGCGUUGUCACCGUGUUACAACCCUUGGAACUUUACGUUCCAUCGUCCAUCUACAGCGUUGAGGAAGGCCAUGUUAUCCCGGCGGUUAUUUUUUAUACGGCAGCCGUAAUUCGAACAUUUGUUUCUGGGUUCUUUGUCUUGAAAUAUUUGUUGCUAGCCGUCGAAAGGUCCGUCGCUUUCAAGCAACGAGGGUCGUACGAGGACAGGGGAUAUGGAUUAGCAAUAAAAUGCUUGGGUACUUCUGUGAGUUAGCCAGAAAAACAUUUGAAUGCAUAAAUCUUUCGAUUUUAGUCGAUGCUUUCCAUACUUUUUAUUUUGGUUAAAACAUUCAACUUCUACAACUCUUCAAAGGGCAUGACUUUGGACAGACGUCUUCGUUACAUCUUUCUUAUUCAGUACGAUCUCUUUGGCUUCUUAUGGAUCUAUAAUGUGGCUGCCCUUACAACUGUUAUUGCCGGACUUGUAAGUGAUUUACUGCCUACGUAUUUUUUUGCGUUCCAGAUGUUUCUGCGACUGCAUAUGGCAGUAAAGCAACAUAAGUUUGCUUUUUCCUUAUCCGAGAGAUACGAAAUCCGCCGAACCAAAUACGUAAUCAGCUACAUGCGAAGGCUUAUGUCAGCAUUCGUUGUGCUUCUAAUUGUAUGCGCAACUUGUUUGUCCUAUCUGUUUUAUCUGAAAUACUGGCUCGGCUAUAGCGAAGAAGACGAUCUGAUGAAAAUAUUUUUGACGGUAACUAUGCUUCCGUAGCGUGGAAUUCAGUAUUUUUCAGAUCAUUAACUUCUCUGCAUGCGUGUAUAAUUUUGUGACAACCCUUUAUAUGGUCGCGGAGUUUCCGCAGUUGGCAAGAGCUAUGCACGACAAGAUACCAUUUAUAAUUCCGAAAGGCAAGGAUGUUACUGUUGCACCUCGUCAAAUGGGGGCCAUUAAGGAAGCUGAAGAGUAUUUCCGGCAGCUUACAGAUGCUUGGAAAUGA